AUUAUAGAAGAUGGCGAUACAGUUUAAGAUCAAUACAAAGACGCUGUGGUCUAUCUGGGAUAAAAAACAAUCCCAUUCCCAGGAACAGUACACGGAUUGUACCUUGUAUCAUAUUACUAAAGCCAUCAGUUUAUUUUAUAAAUGUUUAUUACUUACACAAAGUAGUCCAAUUCAUAAGCACAGGUAAUCUAAUUCACAAUCACAAUUAAUACUAUACACAAACACAAUUAAUACUAUACACAAACACAAUUAAUACUAUACACAAACACAAUUAAUCAUAUACACGAACACAAUUUCUAUAUCAAUGCAAAUAAUUAUAUUCUAUCUAGAAAUAUAAUAAUAUGAAAUAAAGAAAGAACACACACACCAAGAUACAUGUAAAUCAAUUUAUAAACGUUUUUUAUUGUGUUUUAAAGAUAAAAAAUAUAUUCCAUUUAUGUGAAAAAACAUGAAGUGUAAUUAAAAUGAAUUAAAUCUAUCAACUCUAUGGCUUUAAUUAUUAUCUCAUUUUAAGGUAAUUAUCCUAAAAUUAAAAUCUACGUACUGUACUCAAGACUUCUGAUUCAAACUCACUAGUCUGUUGUUGUUUUUUAAACAUAAUUAGAGUUAUAGUAGAUAAUUGUGAACAUUGAUUCCGGGCCUAUCGGUACCAGGAUUUAUUUUGAGAUUAUUAAAUAACCUGGUACAUCUGUGAGGAAAAACCCGGUUUCAACAUAAUCCGGUGUCAUAAACUGCGUAACCGACUUUUCCAACUAUCGAUACUGGGUACCGGGUUUUAUCACAACACUCAAAAUUUUAGUCAAAACGGUAGUAGAUGCUUAUCGUGAAACAGGCAGUUAAUUCUGUUACAAUUCGCCAACUUUUAAUGAAAGAUCACCAUUUUAAAAUAUUUUUGUUGUGAUGGCGGCCAUUUAUUUAUAUUUACGAAGUUAGUAAGCCACCUUAUAUUUAUAUAUUAAUCAACUAAAUCCGGUCAUAUGACCUAUUACGAAGGCGAGAGAAAAGUUGUGUAUUUAACUUCCUGGUAGGAAGUGAAGGCAAGGGAUAGGACAUUUAUAAGUUUUAACCCUAUAUGUGGCAGGACUAUGGCAUCAAAUUUUGAAUCCUCCAUUCAGAGGGGCUGUGAUUUCAUCCAUGAUUUCGCCUGUUCGGCUUGUGAAGAAGAUGGACUGAACACGGAAGCUCAACAUUUCUGUAAUCAGUGCACGAAAUAUUACUGCGACAUUUGUGUUACAAAACAUUAUGGCUUAUACAAGAGACACACGGUACUCGACCGGAAGGACGUGAAGAAAUGGGCAGCAGCACCAGGGACGGUGGACGUCCUUGAGAGAUGCGAGAGGCACCCCGGGGAGGCGCUCAAGCUGAUCUGUGGUGACCAUGACCAGCUGUGUUGCCAUGUGUGCGUUGCCGUGGAUCAUAGGGACAUGAAGUAAUCGGUUAUACAAAAGGGAAUGCGCGAAGUGGUCCACUAUGUUAUAGCAUUAGGGCCAUAAACAAGGGCAACAUACCAGACAUUAAAACAGUAGCAUGAUCAAUUUUAUUGAAUAAGUAUCAUUGUGUCGUUCUACAAUCAUUAAGUGUUUCGGGCUUUUUUUCAACAAAUACAAUGUUUCGAUAAUGUAUUUGAUAUCGUUGGAUGGCACUUUGUCGAUUAUAUAUUACACAUAACAUUACUCUUAAUUACAUUCUAAAACAUUAAUAUUACUUGAAAAGGUGAACAAAAUAAAACUAUAUAGUAUGAUCAAACUUUUUGUUCAUUUCCUUAAUACCCCCCCCCCCCCCCCACCACUGCAGAGAUGGAAAUUAUAGAAGAUGGCGAUACAGUUUAAGAUCAAUACAAAGACGCUGUGGUCUAUCUGGGAUAAAAAACAAUCCCAUUCCCAGGAACAGUACACGGAUUGUACCUUGUAUCAUAUUACUAAAGCCAUCAGUUUAUUUUAUAAAUGUUUAUUACUUACACAAAGUAGUCCAAUUCAUAAGCACAGGUAAUCUAAUUCACAAUCACAAUUAAUACUAUACACAAACACAAUUAAUACUAUACACAAACACAAUUAAUACUAUACACAAACACAAUUAAUCAUAUACACGAACACAAUUUCUAUAUCAAUGCAAAUAAUUAUAUUCUAUCUAGAAAUAUAAUAAUAUGAAAUAAAGAAAGAACACACACACCAAGAUACAUGUAAAUCAAUUUAUAAACGUUUUUUAUUGUGUUUUAAAGAUAAAAAAUAUAUUCCAUUUAUGUGAAAAAACAUGAAGUGUAAUUAAAAUGAAUUAAAUCUAUCAACUCUAUGGCUUUAAUUAUUAUCUCAUUUUAAGGUAAUUAUCCUAAAAUUAAAAUCUACGUACUGUACUCAAGACUUCUGAUUCAAACUCACUAGUCUGUUGUUGUUUUUUAAACAUAAUUAGAGUUAUAGUAGAUAAUUGUGAACAUUGAU